AUGAACCAACGCCACCAAAAUCUAGUCCAAAUGAACAAAGACCAAGUCGCUCGAAGGGCUUCUCAGAGGGCCGCGGUUGAGGCUUCGACCAACGAGACGUUGAUUAUGGACAGUGUUAGCGAUCUUCUUGAACCUGUGAUUGGUAUGAAUGAAGGCCAGCCUGAUCAAGUCGAUGCGGAUGAAAGCGAACUAGAUGAAGAAUCGGAAGAGAUUCCACCAGGUACAUUCGUGGAGGAGGAAUCGGAUGACGAGGAGGCUGAGCUUAGCUGGAUGGACUUUGUGGGCGUAGCAAUUGGUCAGAUCGAUUCGGAACCCGAGGAUCUUGAUCUACCGUUAUCGAGCCCUCUGUUUCGUCGCGAAGAAGAAAAAAUCAAGAAGAUCCGACCCGACAACUCCACCUGGUACCCAUUUUUAAAUAAAGAGAGCGUAUUUACCGUCUGUGAUGUCCGUCUUCCCCGCUGGGAAGCCUUGCGAAUGAUGCGAGUGAAUAUCCGGACACUGAUCAAUCGGACAAUAGUUGAAAAGGAAACAGUCUUCGGUCAGCCAGUUUUUGGUUUGAAUGCAAGUGAAUUGAUUUUGGAUGUGAGCAAGACUUACCUGAUGUUAUCUGUGUCGGAGAAUCACUUAAGCUGA